GUCUAGACUGGCUGAUUUCCACAUGAACUGUAUGGUGACUCAGCAUACGGUCAGCAGCUGCCCAAAUGAGGACAACUACCAGGCCUGUCUGGCCUCCUACGCCGGCCUCAUUGGUAAGUGCAUGGGACUUUUUGGCUAUACGUAUCCCGGUAAAACUUGACAAGCCUGGAGGCAUAAUGCUUUAUUAGUUGUUAUAAGCAUGUAUGAGCUUGUAUAAUGGAUUAUUUUAAAGCUUAUAGAAUGUCAUACUUCGCUGUGUAGGACGUUUUUUAUAACUGACGCAAUAUGGCUGUUAUUUUGUCAGGAUCAUUGGAGAUGAUAAUAAGACAUUUUAGGGUGUUAAAACAUGCUUAUGACUAAUAAUUAAUUAUAACCACAUUAUAAUGCACUAUACCUGCAUACUUUAGGUAAAGUGAUACCCAUACACCUCCUCUUAUUCUCCCCCCAAACACAUUGCACAUCAGUGGCUGAGUGGAGGUGGCAAUGCAAGAGAGCGUUUACUUCAUUAAAACAUUUAAUGACUCAUAUAGUAAAUGUUCUUCAAAUAGAACAAGGAAAAUUGGCGCAGCAAAGACAUUCUUCCAUACCAGUAGACAUUUGAGAGCACCUUCGUAAUGAGUUGGCACUAUUCAGUACGAUCAAGGAGGUAGACAAAAGGAGUUAUGUUUUGACUACUUUGAGUGAACCUACAAUACCCUUUGGAGAUGGCAUAGUAAUAACGUUCCCACUACCACCUGUCUGUAAUUUAAUUGUUGAUAGUUGCUAUAUAAGUGUCAAACAUACUGUAUCUCUAGAGUAAACUGACAUUCUAUUACCCUUGCUAGUGCUUCUGGACUACACAGUAUAAGAUGUUUUUCCACAAAUAAAGAUCUCCUCUCCUGAAAGCAUUAUCAAACAGAAUUGCUGUUUUUGGUUACAUCUUUCUAAACUAAUAUGACUAGCUCUCUCCGGAUGGACACUCCACAUCUAAAACAAGAAUCAAUCAGCAUACUACUGUUAGGUGGCUUCCUUUCCCUCUGCCUCCGUGGUACAAUAGUCCCCGUCGCCAUUAGUAACAUACUGUAAGCCUGUGUAGGUAGCGUUACUCUAUAUAGUAAAUGUAGUCCAUUAUUAUCCAUUAGUGGCCUGUGAAUGAUCUGUAACUGUAGCGUUAUUCUCACCUCUAUAGGGACAGAUAUGACUCCCAAUUACAUGGACAGCAGUUACACCAACUGGACUGUCUCCCCAUGGUGCACCUGUAAAGGAAGUGGGAACCAGGAAGAGGAGUGCGAGAGCUUUCUGAGGGACUUCACAGAGAACAUGUGCUUGAGUGAGUCACGCUUGCAUUUCAAAUCUGUUUUGUAACAUACAAGACCACCACUGAUAUGAUUUGAAAAUAACCACCAUUCAAAUCUGUAGUGUGUUUCCCUCGAAACUGAAAGUGAACCGGCACAUCUGAUGUAUUUUAGUUGUUCUGAGUUAGAUUUUGGGUCUGUGUUUUUUUGUUUUUAAGGCGAUGUCUCGCGGCACUCUGUGAGGUGUGUGGUGUAUGGGUAAUAUUGACUGGCUGGUAUUGUAGCAGUUAUUUAAUUCACAUUAGAUCAAUGUUCCUUUCUUUCCACAGCUCAUUGUUGGAAUCAACCUCUAAGUCUGAUAACAAACCAACCAAACCUCUUUGGCCACUUAUUGUGUUUGGUUUGAAAUAACAAGAUACAUUUAGAGCCGUUUCUUAUCAACUCAUUACACCUCAGUACCCUAACAUUUGGAAAAGACUUGUUCUACAGAUUAUGGGAUAAAGCAAUUAUUUGCAUGUCAUUUCCACAUUUUACCUUAGAUAUUACAGUGUUUAUCAGUCUAGGAGAAAAAUAUAAUCUAAGGUUAGGAAAAGCAUCUUAACGUCACAAUUUAGUAGUCAAAUGUCAGGGGUACCGCCUCACCAUUGUGAUGUACCUUGCAAUGUCAUCAGAAUUACAAGAUACCAUUGCUUUUAACAUGUUCCAUUGUGUGCGUAAUGCUUUCAGACUUUUUCAAUAGAUUGCCAUGGCACACUUUUAGCUGAAUCUGCAAGAUGAGGGAUGAGGCUUGUAGCCGAGGAGGCGUCUUGAAAAAGAAUACAACAUGCAGCAUCUCCUCUUUGCAGUGUAAAGGAACUGGAGAAGAUAAAGUGAAAUAGAUUAAGCUUUGCUCUUAUACAUUAAGUGGGGGGACAUAACAGUCCACAGAGACGGUACAUAUUAUGUACAAUUAGAUAAUAGGCUAAUCGUAUUCAGCCUCCUCCCUGCAGGUAAUAGCAAUAGGGUUAAAACAACGUAUCUGAAGUCAUAAAAAUAUGGAAUUGCUGUCGGCAGUGAACUUAAUCACUCGGUGGAACAUUUGGGUGCAGUAAAGCAUCCGCUGAAGGAGCCCUCUAGCCAACUUUGGUGAUUUAUUUUUUUAUUCCCCUAGCACCCCUCUGGGUGAUCUUACCACCCCAGCAAACAGAUGCAUGAAAACAACACUCUUGUCUUGACUUGACCAGCAUCUUAUUGCAAACCUUAAGAUACUUUACAAGGCUUUCAGAAAUCACAAGCAUUAUGUUCUUCAUAGCUUUGCCAUUCCUCCUAGAUUUGUAUUGUAACCAACCCAAGGCCGAGAUAUCCGAGCACCCCAUGGAAUGACUUCUGAAGUCAAUAUGUCUUUACAACAUGCUGUGUUUACAGUAUAUAUGCAUGUGUGUGAGGGUGCGUGUGGAGGUAUAUGUAUUGGGGUGUGUGUGUUUGCAGUGUGUGCAUACUUUCUUUGCAUGUGUGUCAUUGCUCUCUCAUUUGUUCUCUCUGAAAGGGAGAAAAAGAUAUAUAUAUAUAUAUAUAUAUAUAUAUAUAUAUAUAUAUAUAUAUAUAUAUAUAUAUAUUUAAAAUAAACACGUGUUCUGUUAAAAUGGACAAGCAGAGUGAAAAUGCCCACACCCAAAAUUGGGCAGAGGACCAAAAAGUUGACUUAGAGCUGACUGUUAGCUGCCGCAACACUGGGAAGACAGUCAAGACAAAUUACUUUAUCUCUUUGUCCCCACAGGAAAUGCCAUUCAAGCAUUUGGUUAUGGAACAGACAGUCUCUUCCACAAAGCUGAGUCUGUCCCAUCGACCCCCUCCAUGAAGCCUGGAUUAGAGACCUCGGUCAGCACCUCAGAGCCUCUAGAUAACCCCAAUGAUGUCCAGCUUGAGGAUGAGGCCAACGGGAAGGUAGGCAGGGAAAUCACCAGCUACUAUAGCACCUGCUGCCACAUUCCAAUUACCAGGGUCGUGUUCAUUAUUAGGGCACGCAAUGGAAAACGUUUUAAAGUGUUUUGUAGCUGAAAACGAAUUGGACAAUACCAGGAAGUCUCUCCCUGUUUCAGUCCAUAUUUUUCCUUUAGGUGCCUAAUGAACAUGACCCAUUUAUCACCUGGCGCUAGAUUAAAUGAAAACUGGUAAACAUGGGUAUAUUCACUGGGGUGAAACAUUUAGAAUGUUGCAUAUAAUGCAUAGAGCUGGCAAUAAUUGCUAUUCUACAUGAAACAGAAUCAUGUCAGUCCUAUUUUCUGUUGAGUAUAUAAAUCCAAAUGUGCGUAUGAAGAUGUUUUUGACCUAUCCCACAGACCCAGUUACUGUGUUUGACCGAAUACUGAAUUGGGACCUUGGUACGGCAUUAAACAAAAAAAGUCAUUGUUUUUAUUACAUGAGUAAUAUAGGGAUAUUUAUAAUUCCAUGUUUCAUGCAUGGCUGAGAAACAACACCGUUUUGGCAUCAUUAUUAUGUUUGGAAAGACUCCUAUAAAGAUGUUGAAUGCUGAGCAAUUUCAGGCUUUCACAUCCAUUAAAUGGUCAUCUCUUACACUGUUCUGUACACAACCCACAUUGUGAUAAAGACAGCAAAUUAAUAUCUUAAAAAUGGUGUGAGGGAGAGAACUAAUGAAUAAGCCACACUGAUAACAUUAACAGUAGGAGGUAGAGGGGAGCGGUGGAAUUGCUUUCUCCAAAGGUUCUGUAUGUAUGUCCGUGUUGAUGCACCACUCUGUGCCUCUCUCGCUGCAGUGCAAUGCUUAAUUUAUUGUAAAAAUGGUAAUUAGGAAACAAUAAGACGUGUGAUUACUCAAGCAGGAAGUUUAUAAUUAGAGAGGGAGCCGGUGGGGACAUUUUGGGUGGCCCUUCAUUCUGCAGCAACUAUGCUUGGCAAUUAAAACUUGUCAAACUUCCAUCGUAGAUUAAUUGGGGGAAUACUGAUAUGACUUCUCUUGGCAAAAGACUGGCUGUCUAGCCUCAUAAAUCUCAUGAGUGCUCAGGACCACAUGCAUGCUGGUGUCCAGUUAGUGGAAUUGUUACGCUAAAGGAAAUGACAUAGUCUGCUGUGUGUUUGAUGGCUGGACAGGCUCCCCCAGACACUCGAUAAGUAAUCUGAAGUUUUGUUUGAUAAAUGAGGCCCGUGGAGAAUUACACCCGAUUGGGCUGUGCUGCUCAAGCUUAAUUCCCUCUCAAGUCAAUUUCCCUGUAUUCGGUAUCACCAACAGGUCAAUUGUGCUAUGUGAGUUUGUUUACUUGUAAAGCUUUAUUCUUCCUUUAAUACUGUUAGCUAUGGCCUUAUGUCCAGGAAAUUCUACCUUAUUCAGUCAGUAACUAUGUUCUCAAGAUGUGUUCUCAAGAGAUCGAAAGAGAGGAAAUAUCUAGGUGACAUUUCACUUUGUCUUAUCGCUGUUCACAAGUUUAGGAAGUGAAACUGUUGAGGGCUGUUGAAUGUAUAGGGAUAUGAAUAAUGUGGAUAAGAUGUCAUUUUCCUUACCAAUCAGGAUUUCAAUUAAUUCAGUGGACAGGCCUUAAUAGUGAUGCUAACAUUUAUUAACGGAGAGGUUCUGGAAGAAGCAUUUCACUGAAUGAAACUUAAUUUAGUUUAUUAAAAUAAUGCAAUUUAGCCUACAGAGGAAGUAGGAUAAGCAAGCAAAACAUUUCCCAUUGUAUAUUAAAUUAAUUAUUAUAUUAUUAUAUUGAUUCUAUUAAUGUUCUCCACAAGAGUUUUGUAAGUGUUUCGGUGCGUUCAGAUCCACUUAAGAAUCCAUUGUGCCAUAACCAUUGGGAUAAAUGUGUGGUGCAAUAGUUGUAGACGUUACGUUGGUGCAGCCUUUGCAUAGAUAUGUGCAAGCACUUUAACAUGACCUGAAAAUACCAACUCUGUCGUUGGCCUAGUCAUUGCUCACUGCCUGGCUGUGCUUUGUGUAGAAUAGAGCCCAUAAUGUCACUGUCAUUUCAGCUGUUUGUAAAUGGGGAUCAAGAAGUGUUUUAAAUGUCCCAUUGUAAUUGUCUGCUUAUCUACAAGUGACUCAGAAAAUGACAAACUCACUAGGAUGUCUUUGUAUCACUCACUGUAUGGGAGUUUCACAUACUGUUUUUCUGUGUGUACGUUCCUUCAGAAACCUGAUUGGAAUUUAAAUGGCACAUCUUAACACAUUUUUUAAUCAGGAAAAUAAUGCCUUUUUCUAGUAUUUUUGGAGAGUCAUGCAUUAUGUAAGUGGACCAUUGUAUAAGUGAGAAUUAGCCCUCGCUUCAGAGUCAAUUUUUUGCUUUUGUGCCCCUGACUGUACAGUACAUUGUGUUGAUUUGCAGCUCAAUUGAAUAUAAUUGAUUGUGGACCAACCCUGGGUUACUCAAUAACCAGCCCUGGAAAACGCAGCUGAACAUUACUGUUCGACGAAGCUCUGAUCAAUUCUAAAACGUACUACCUUCACAAAACUAAAUUAAUAAUAUCUUGUUAUCCCCAACAACAUGUUGUGUGUGGGUGCGUGAGUAUCUGUGUGUGUGUGUGUGCAUGUCUAUGUGUGUCUCUGUGUGUGUAAAAAUAUUGGCUACAGACAAAGAUCUGGACCGAUGUCAACAGGCUGCUGCUACACAUCACUGCACCUGCUAAUUAAUUGGCUUUUAGUUGCGGAUGUGUUUGCUGCAUUGUCAAGCAACGAUUGCUUUUUUGGCAACUGUCAUUUAACCAUUUCUCUGUACAGUCACACAUUUGAAACCAAGCUCUUCCAUAAUAAAUACAGCCUUUCCUUUCACCUAAAACCCAUUAAAAAAACAUCUCUCAGUGCUUAUAUGACUUUACCAUUUACAAUUUUUUUCAUGAUUGUAUUUUUCUAAAACAGUUUGGCCAUGUUGAGUUGGCUUGUGUUGGAGACACUGCUAUUAGAACAUGAGAAACCGGAAGAUAAUAUCUGACUAUGUUUUUCUCUGUGUACAGGGAAAUGAACCAAAGUGGAAUCUCUCAAAAGGCUACAUUGGUGGAGAUGAGGUAAGGAAGGGAGGAGGGAAUAGUACAUGUUUCUGUUGAUGUGCUAUAGCUUUGCAGGGGGAAAUGGUGCCUCCAUAAAUCGAGAAAGCUGCAGUUACAGUGCCUUCAGAAAGUAUUCACACCCCUUGACUUAUUCCACAUUUUGCUGUGUUACAGCCUGAAUUGUAAUGGAUUAAAUAUAGUUUUUUUGUCACUGGUCUACACACAAUACCCCAUAAUGUCAAAGUGGAAUUAUGUUUUUAAAAAUGUUUACAAAUGAAUUAGAAAUGAAAAGCUGAAAUGUCUCUAGUCAAUAAGUAUUCAACCCCUUUGUUAUGGCAAGCCUAAAUAACUUCAGGAGUAAAAAUAUGCUUAACAAGUCAGAUAAUAAGUUGCAUUGAUUUACUCUGUGUGCAAUAAUAGUGUUUAACAUGGUUUUUGAAAGACUACCUCAUCUCUGUACACCAUACAUACAAUUAUCUGUAGGGUCCCUCAGUCGAGCAAUGAAUUUCAAACACAGAUUCAACCAAAAAGACCAGGGAGGUAAAUAAAAAAUAAAAAAAUAAAAAGCAGACAUUGAAUAUGCCUUUGAGCAUGGUGAAGUUAUUAAUUACACUUUGGAUGGUGUAUCAAUACACCAAUCACUACAAAGAUAUAGGCAUCAUUCCUAACUCAGUUACCGGAGAGGAAGGAAACCGCUCAGGGAUUUCACCAUGAGGCCAAUGGUGACUUUAAAACAGUUACAGAGUUUAAUGGCUGUGAUAGGAGAAAACUGAGGAUGGAUCAACAACAUUGUAGUUACUUCACAAUACUAACCUAAUCCCCAAAGCCAACACCUCCUUUGGCCGCCAUUCCUUCCAGUUCUCUGCUGCUAAUGACUGGAACGAACUGCAAAAAUCUCUGAAGCUGGAGACUCUUAUCUCCCUCACUAACUUUAAGCAUCAGUUGUCAGAGCAGCUUACCAAUCACUGCACCUGUACACCGCCCAUCUGUAAUUAGCCCACCCAACUACCUCACCCCCAUAUUGUUAUUUAUUUUGCUAAUUUGCACCCCAGUAUCUCUAUUUGCACAUCAUCUUCUGCACAUCUAUCACUGCAGUGUUAAUACUCUGUGGUCCUCUGUAGCUCAGCUGGUAGAGCACGGCGCUUGUAACGCCAAGGUAGUGGGUUCGAUCCCCGGGACCACCCAUACACAAAAAUAUAUGCACGCACGACUGUAAGUCGCUUUGGAUAAAAGCGUCUGCUAAAUGGCAUAUUAUUAUUAUAUUAUUAUAAUACUAAUUUGUAAUUAUUUUGCACUAUGGCCUAUGUAUUGCCUUACCUCCAUGACUUACUACAAUUGCACACGCUGUAUAUAUAUUUUCUAUUGUGUUAUUGACUGUAUGUUUUGUUUAUCCCAUGUAUAACUCUGUGUUGUUGUUGUUUUUAUCGCACUGCUUUGCUUUAUCUUGGCCAGGUCGCAGUUGUAAAUGAGAACUUGUUCUCAACUGGCCUACCUGGUUAAAUACAAAAUAAAUACAAAAUAAAAUAAUUGACAGAGUGAAAACAAGGAAGCCUGUACAGAAUACAAAUAUUCCAAAACAUGCAUCCUGUUUGCAACAAGGCACUAAAGUUGCACUAAAGUGGCAGAGUUACAGUUUUCACUUAAAUCUACUUGAAAAUCUAUGGCAAGACCUGAAAAUGGUUGUCUAGUAAUGAUCAACAACCAAUUUGACAGAGCUUGAAGAAUUUUGUAAAUAAUAAAUGGCCAAAUUUAGCACAAUCCAGGUGUGUAAAUCUCUUAGAGAUUUACCCAGAUAGACUCACAUCUGUAAUUGCUGCCAAAGGUGCUUCUACAAAGUAUUGAAUACUUAAGUGUAAAUUAGAUACUGUAUUUCUGUAUUUGAUUUUCUAUAAAUUUGCCUAAAUUUCUAAAAACAUGUUUUCACUUUGUCAUUAUGGGGUAUUGUGUGUAGAUGGGUGAAAAAAAAUACUGAAUCCAUUUUGAAUUCAGGCUGUAACACAACUAAAUGUGAAAUAAGUCAAGGGGUAUUAAUACUUUCUGAUGGCACUGUACUUGAAGGCAAAUUGAAAACACAUUCAAAAUGCCUACAAUGUUAUGGAAAUACACAUAAUAAGGCCAUAGUAGAAUGGGUAUUACUGAGUAACUCUCUUGGGUGUACAAUAUCUAGAAGAGCAUGUCCAUUCUAUACUUUCUUCUAAUGUACUGUACAACAUACUGUAGUUGCCUUUCACAUUGCCUGCUGUUGUCCAUGGUGAAAUGACUGAAUUUUCUAUGUCUUCAUGUGGAGAAGUGACUGAUAUUGUACAGAAAUAAAACCUAUCCAAAUAGCUAGGAUGCAGAUUAAUAGAUUAAUAUGUGCUAUGCCUGUACUAUAGCUUGUGCUUUCCUUGGAAGUAAUACUUAAAACUUUUAAGCUGGCAUUACCUAAAGGGGAUUGAGAAUGAAGCCUGAGCUCUGCACUAUGCCAAUACAUGUAAAAGCAGAGAGUACACCCAAAAGACUUCAACAGCAGUCGCUUUCAACAUAUUUCAUAUGUGCCUCAAAUGUGUUCAUGUUUUUAUUCACGUGGAGUGGCUGUGGAUCAGUAUUUGACCCUUUCUAUGUAAAACAGAACACUUGGACUCACUGAGUCAUUCCUAACCUUUCCACCCAGCCUCUACUGGAGCCCAGCAGUGGUUACGAUGACCUGACCAGACCGGAGGGCCCUCCUGAAGACGGGUCACCCUGUGUCUGUGCCAGUGUCUGGGCGCUGCUGCUCAGCCUGACUUCCGCCGUGGCCAACCAUGCCCUA